UUAGUGCUGGUCAUUGUUGAUUGUAUCAUGAUUGUGCCAUUGUUUUUUGUUGCACAAAUUGCUAAAUAAAUAAUAAGUUUAUAUAAGUAGAAGUUUGUCACUCGUUGAUGUGUAUGCGAAAAAUAUUACUUCCGCGAUCAUUCGUCUACGCCUGGCUCCCAUUAUAUGCGGUCCAGUGCUCGAGACCAGACCACUCUCUGUGCGAGUAUGGUCUGGCGGAAGGUACUGUCCAGCAUCUGUUUUUUUUUACUGCAACCGUAUCGACAUUCCUCUGUAUGAUAUUCUUCCCCUUCAACUUCCCCGUCUUGUUCAUUAUCAAGCCAAAUUCUUUAUAAGAUUCUCUUCUCAGAGAAGUCUGUUGCUGACACUGCUCAAGUGUGACUCACAAACGCUUGUCUUCCUUAACUUGACAUUGGUGGAAUUAUUGAUUGGAUCGAUGGAGCUAUAACACAGUGUAUAUGGUGGUAGUUUAAACGACUCCAUUAUAAUCUGACAAUGUCGUACACGGACUUACAAGAUAUUAUGAACAUAAAGGUGGAGGCAAGUGAAUUAGAAACUAGCCGUAUGGAUUUACAUGGAAAUUUCUAUAUUAAACAAGAGCCAGUUGGUGUUGCGGAAGAACACAUUACAGAGGAGUUGGAUCUGUAUGCAGAUCAUGAAGUCAAGGAAGAAUUAGUUGUAGGCCCUGUGGUGUUGCAGCCUCCUAAUUUUGCUCAAGCAAGAUGCGCGCAGAACACAGCUGAUGGGUUAAAUGGUGAUAGUCAACCAUACAAAUGUAACAUUUGCAACAAAUGUUAUACAAAUAAAUAUUCUCUCAAGCGUCACAAACAAACUCAUUCUGGGAAGAAGCACAACCAAUGUGAACAAUGUAAUGAAAGUUUUAUCUGUAAAACAAGUUGUAGUAAACGUUUAAGGCCUCAAACAGGAGAGAAAUGUCACAAAUGUGAUAUUUGCCACAAAUGUUUUACAAAAAAACAAGUACUAAAGGCUCAUAUAUUGACUCAUACUGGUGAGAAACCAUAUAAAUGUGAUUUUUGCAAUAAACGUUUUGCAAGAAAAUAUCAUGUCAAGUGUCAUAGAAUGUCCCAUACAGGAGAGAAGCCAUACAAAUGUGAUCACUGUAGUAAAUGUUUUGUUCGUAAAGUAGAUUGUGAAACACACAUGAAAACACAUACUGGAGAGAAACCAUACAAGUGUGAUUUUUGCCAUAAAUGUUUUACAACAAAACAAGCGCUUAAAAGUCAUAAAAUCACUCAUACUGGAGAGAAACCGUACAAGUGUGAUAUUUGCCAUAAAUGUUUUACAAGAAAACAGGAAUUUGAGUGUCAUAUAAUGGUCCAUACUGGAGAGAAACCAUACAUGUGUGAUAUCUGCAACAAAUGUUUUAUAAGGAAAUAUCAACUUAAAUGUCAUAUAAUGGCCCAUACUGGUAAGAAACCAUACACAUGUGAAAUGUGCAAUAAAUGUUUUAUAACAAAACAUCAACUUCAGUGUCAUACAAUAUCCCAUACUGGUAAGAAACCAUACAAGUGUGAAAUCUGCAAUGAAUGUUUUGUAAGAAAAUAUCAACUUCAGUGUCAUAUAAUGGUCCAUAAAGGUGAGAAACCAUACAUGUGUGAAAUCUGUAAUAAAUGUUUUAUUAGAAAUUAUCAAUUUAAGUGUCAUAUAAUGGCCCAUACUGGUAAUAAACCGUACAAAUGUGAUUUUUGCAAAAAAUGUUUUACAGCAAAACACGAACUUAAGCAUCAUGUAAGGGUCCAUAAUAAAGAGAAACCUUACAAAUGCGACCACUGUAAUAAAGUUUUUGCUUUAAAAGAAAAUUGUAAAAGGCAUUUAAAGAUUCAUACAGGAGAGAAACCAUACAUUAAAUCAAGUAUUUAGUGUCUUAAUGGCCCAUGCUUAUGAGGUAACAUGCAACUGUGGAACUGUUUUUUCUGUAUUUAUUUUGAUUAAUAAAUAAUGAAUUUUCAUUAUUUAUAUUCUGUAAUUAUACCAUUAUAAAUGAAUCACACUUAAUUUAUAGAGUAAUUACAUAACUACAGUGGUAUAUUUGUAAUUAUACGAUAAGCAGUCUAGUUUAAUUUAUUAAAUUGCAAUUUUGAAAAACACUGUUUAUUGUAUAGUGAUGUGUUUUGUUGAGUUCUUAGUGAACUCAUAGAAACAGCAUGCCUUAUGUUACAAUUCUAUACAUAUUUCUAUCAUAAUCCUGCAUGUUAAUCUAUUAAUAUUUGAUUAUUCUGUUGCUAAUUUAAUAAUUUUAUUAUGUAAAUAAGUAGGUUAUUGUGAAUAUCACAUAUUUGUAAAAAUAACAUGUCGUGAGACUAUUUAAUACUACACGUUCGUGCACAAGCAACUGUCCUUUCGCUGGCUGUUGUUUGUUCACGGAUAUAUAG